AUGAAGCGACAGAAAUCUAGACUGAAUGAAGCUUUCCUGAGAUCUGACAAGGCAGGCUGUUCUCACUGCGCAUUUCUUCUUCUCAGUCUUCCAAGCCUUGGUCAGCGGGUUGGUGUCCGCAUAGCUCGUUAUGACUUCAGUGAGGCCCAAGCUGGGAAACACAUAUGUGACCGCCGAGCCGCCGCCCUGAAGAGCCACAUUAGGCGCUACAUUAAUGAAGGCAAUGACGUCAAGACAGCAAGUGACAUGAAAGCUGCUAUUGACUCGCAUGGGGGCGUCAAAGGCUGCUACUCAGUGGUAUGCAAGGUUGACGAAAGGUCCCAAAACAUGACCAAGCACUCGCUGAGUGGCAUACAGUCUUUGAACAACUUCGUGUUCACUGAAAGUGGAGAGAUGAUCGCUUGGCGGGCCUACAAUAUCGGACCCGGAAAGGCCUUCUCCGCGGCGUCGCUAGCGCGUCUCGGUGCCCCUCAAGGCCCGACAAACUUACAGGUUCUCCAGGCAUUCAAUAGUCCUGACAUACUGACUGGUGUCUUCCGUGCAUCUUCAAGCACGCAGGAACAGCAGCCCGCAGCACCUCCAACGGACCCUAUAGCCGUA